GAUAUGGCAGGAAGGACAAUGAUGAUGGUCUCCGGCUUUGCUAUAUGUGCGGUAAUCGUUGGAGUGGUAGUGGGACAGCUACCGAAUGUGGACCGUGUCCUCGGCGAUGAAAUCUUUGGCUAUCCGGUCGACGAGGCAAUCAGUCCGCAGCUGCAAAAUGCACGCAACCGUACACCUAUAUUUGUGCCGCAUAAGUGUGCAGAAAACGAAAUUCUCUAUCCAGGCGACCACAACAAUGAUUGGGUCUGCGAUUGCCGACCAGGGCACGUGUACUAUCCGAAGGAAAACAAAUGUUACUCUCUGUUCACGAAGGGUUUUUGUCAGCAGGGCGAGUACGUCGAUGUUAUGCGGCCAUCGUUGAUUGUGGGUUGCACGAAAAACAGCUGCACCGGUCGAAACAUGGUACCGUACAAUGGCCAAUGCGUGGAGCUGUAUCGUCACAAUAAAAUCUGUCCGUUGGUCGGACGCACCUAUUGGGUGAUUGGAGUCAACGCCACCACACUGCAGCUAGAGUGCGUAAAGAGUGUGCCAAAUGAUGUGGCUACGUUGCAGAACCGGCACCAGGAUGAGGAUACGGCUGCUUCGGUCGAACCUAUACUGUUUGAGGGAGCGAACCGCUGCUCGAACGGAACCCGUACUAGGUACGAAGGAUUAUGCACACCACACAAAUUUGCGGAAGAAAAACAUUUGCAGGAAAAUAUGCCGAAAGUUGUGGUUAUUUGCGUGGCCUUCUUGCUGGCCACCGCCAGCGCUGCACUUGCCGACAACGGAAUAGAAGAGUUUGACGAUACGGCCCGCUACGCGAUUGAGGGUAAGGUGUAUCCGCCGGAGCUGUUCGGCGAUGCGGACCUUUCCUGGCAGCUCGACACACAGAUAUCGAUCAACGGGGGCGAGUACAAGGGGUUUCUGCGGGAGGACGGCACAUUCGUGAUUAGCUCCGUACCGUCCGGCAGCUAUGUGGUGGAAAUCAUCAAUUCCGACUACUUUUACGAGCCAGUUCGGGUGGAAAUCAAUCCGAAGGGCAAAUUCCGGGCCCGGAAGCUGAAUCAUGUGCAACCGUCGCAAGUGUUGCAGCUGCCGUAUCCACUGAAACUGAAGGCCCUGACCCGGUUCCGGUACUUCCAGCAGCGUGAGCAGUGGAAAAUCACGGACUUCCUGUUCAAUCCGAUGGUGCUGAUGAUGAUUCUGCCGCUCGGCAUAAUGCUAAUCUUGCCGAAAAUUAUGAGCGACCCGGAAACGAAGAAAGAAAUGGAAAAUCUCAACCUUUCGAAGAUGACGAACGAAAUGCCGGAAUUCAGUGAGAUGAUCACAUCGUACUUUACGCGCGGCUCCGCUACGGCCGCAGCGAAUGUUGCGAAGGAGAAAGAAAAAUCUAAACCCAAGCAAAGCAAAAAGAAAAACUAAAUGCAUUUGUCCGUCGUUCCUAGGGUUGUGUUUUCGGCAGUGUGUAGCCAAAAAAUGCGAUUUUUAGCCUGUACUACAGCAGUUUCGGAUAGGUGGAAAUAAACGUGACUAAACAUGGUGAUAACGAACCUUUUUGAUAUCUAUUUCUCGGAACAGCAAUGUUAUGCUUCAAACGUGGGUUUAAACGGGUUCGUGUCGAGCAAUUGUUUGUUGCUCUAUUUUUAUCCCGAACUGCUUUUUGCACAAUAUACGUCUACUUCCUUAAGAAAAUGCUCUAGGCAACGAUUGAACUGUAUCCUAUUACAUCGAAAGAUGUCAUCGUUUGGCUUUACGCCCUGAAAUAUGAAGAAUCUCGUUUUGCGCAACGUGGAGGGUAGGUUGUUCACUAUGUUAACACCCUCACUCUAUAGCCUAAGUCGAAGUCCGUUGGGAAAAUAAAAUGCUCCAUCCAACCU